GUGGGAGAGAGAGAGAGUGUUAAUGAGAGAGAGAGAGAGAGAGAGAGAAACAUCGAGAUUUUCGCUUGAAUUUCGUUUUCUGAUUCAGUUGGCGACCUCAAUCACUUUCGAACCCCCAGCGCAUGUUAGCCUGUUGUUUUUGCUUAUAUUUCCAGAUCUUGCUCUCUCUCUUCGAGUUUCAGAUCUGUUUCGGCUGCAUUUCAUCACUCAACUCUCGCGCUAGGCUAAUUACAGAAUAUUUUAUCAUAUUUCGGAAUGUGGGGGCGUAAACGAGAUGCUUCCUCCAUGUACAAACGUGUGUCGUCAAAGGACCAUAUCAAUGGCCACUACAGAGAUGAUGACGGCCGCUUGCAUAAUGGCAUUGGGAAAGAAACGGGAAAUCCUUCGUGGAAGCAUUCUCUGCCUCAUGUACUUGUUGCAACCUUUUCAUCCUUCUUAUUUGGUUACCAUCUUGGGGUGGUUAAUGACACACUAGAAAGCAUAUCUAUGGACUUGGGUUUCAGUGGGAAUACCAUUGCUGAAGGUCUAGUUGUGAGUACAUGUUUAGGCGGUGCCUUUGUUGGAUCUUUAUUCAGUGGUUGGAUUGCUGAUGGGGUUGGACGCCGAAGGGCAUUUCAAUUGUGUGCUUUACCAAUGAUAAUUGGGGCCUCAAUGAGUGCCACCACAAAUACUCUUGGGGGCAUGCUUCUUGGGAGGUUUUUUGUUGGAACUGGAAUGGGUCUCGGCCCACCUGUUGCAGCUCUCUAUGUAUCAGAGGUUUCACCAGCCUUUGUAAGGGGUACUUAUGGGAGCUUCACUCAAAUUGCAACAUGUCUUGGACUUAUGGGGGCUCUAUUCAUAGGUAUCCCAGCGAAGGAUAUUGUGGGUUGGUGGCGAGUGUGUUUUUGGGUAUCUGCCAUUCCUGCUGCAGUACUUGCUGUUUUAAUGGAAUUCUGUGCAGAGAGUCCUCAUUGGCUUUUUAAGAGAGGAAGAAUUGCUGAAGCUGAGAUUGAAUUUGAGAAGCUUUUAGGAGGAUCACAUUUCAAAUCUGCAGUGUCAGAGUUGUCAAAAUCGGACAGAGGGGAUGAGGCAGAUGCUGUAAAAUUUUCAGAAUUAUUCUAUGGCCGCCACUUUAAAGUUGUUUUUAUUGGGUCUACCCUUUUUGCUUUGCAACAAUUAUCCGGUAUAAAUGCUGUGUUCUAUUUCUCUUCUGCCGUCUUUAGAAGUGUAGGAGUACCUUCAGACAUUGCAAACAUAUGUGUCGGAAUUGCAAAUUUAUCAGGCAGUGUCGAUGGGUGUUCAAGUGGCUGCAGCCAGUUCUAUUGUAUCAGACUCUGGGGCGGUGUACCUAUCAGUUGGCGGCAUACUGCUGUUUGUCUUUACAUUUGCUCUUGGUGCUGGGCCAGUACCUGGUCUUCUCCUAUCAGAAAUAUUUCCCAGCCGAAUCAGGGCAAAGGGAAUGGCAGUCUGCAUGGCUGUGCAUUGGGUGAUAAAUUUUUUUGUUGGUUUAUUCUUUUUGCGCUUGCUGGAGCAACUUGGGCCGCAAAUUCUGUACACAAUCUUUGCUACAUUUUGCUUGAUGGCUGUGGCUUUUGUAAAGAAGAAUGUGUUGGAAACUAAAGGAAAAUCACUCCAAGAAAUUGAGAUUGCACUUCUUCCUGCUGCCUAGAGGGAGAUGCUGAACAUCUGGGCAACAAAAUGUGAUUAUAUUUCUUCACAUCUGUUUUGUUCUCACUCUGAUUUUGGCAUUGAUUAUGGUGAUUAGAUGAUGCCAUCUUGGGAGUAUGACGAGAUUAUUCACCAGUGCUCGCUUCAGAAGGUGUGUCUGUAUAUUCUGUGAGCCCUUUUUUUCAGCCUACUUAGUACUUGCUGAGUACAUUGAUUGAUGUUCCACUUGCAAUUGCUGUGUAUGCGUAGCUGAGCUAGAUAUGUCUUCAUAUAGUUCCUACGCCUUGGUGCAGUAAUCCAAAGCAAGCAAAUCCUGCGAGAAUAAAAAUAUGUAUAUUGAUUCCAUUAUCUUGUAUCCAUGUAUUCACUAUUGUCUAGCAGCCAUGCAAUCUGUGAAAUAUAUCAAAUACUUGAUUUACAGUUGACCAGCUGAAACAUUGGUUAUUCUACAAGGGUUUUGGUGGGUAAUUAAUUGUUAUGUUGAAUUUUGGCCUGUUUUGGCCUCACAUUUGAUAAUUCAAAACUUUAUAUAGAAAGUUGCGGGAACAAGUUGGACAGAA